AUGACGUUGUCUACUGGAAAUCGAAAGCGUAAACAAUUGGGCGAUGGCGUUGCUCCGUUUGAGUUUCCGUUUCAGACCCAGAAGAUCAAGAGGGUUUCUAGGGUUUUUGAGACCCAACAGAAUUUAGCCGUGGAGAACAAACCGACUACUUCUCUUCCUUUGCGCAAGGGUUUGUCGCCCAAACAGAUAAAGACCAUCCCUUUGUCUUCGUCUCCUAGAAAGCAUAGAAAAUCGGAGGAGUUAGGUUUUGAUGGUCUCUGUCAGACUCAGAAGAUCAAGAGGCAAAAACUAGGUUUUGAGUUUGAUUGUUCUGAAAUUUUGGGGUGUCUGAUGAACCUCCGCCAUGUGAGUAGGUACUUUGAGAAGCCUGUGGUGGUUGAUCCGGUUUAUGUCCACGACAUCUGGAGGCCGAUGGAUUUCGGUACUGUGAAAUCCAAAUUGGAGAGGGGUGUCUACUCCAGUCCUGAUGUGUUUGCUGCUGAUGUGAGGCUUACCUUGUCAAAUGCUUUAAGAUAUUAUCCGCCUGGGAGGAUUGAGCGUGCAGCAGCCAAGCAUCUCAGUGGUGUUUUUGAGAGCAAGUGGAAGGAAGUCCUGGAGAAAAACCCCAAGUCUGUUUGUCCUUCUCCUCUGCCCAAAGUCAAGGGUUUGGCAGUGUUACCCAAACUGAAACAGGGCAAGACCUCUUCUCCUUCUAGCGUUCUUCAAAGUCAAGGGCUUGGUGUUUCUGAUUCUCAGUCAGUUGAUUCAACCAAACACGAUGAGUUGGCCACCCUUGUUGAUAAUGCCAUGGAUCAGGCCUCAGAGAAUCUUUCCCAACGUGAGGCUGUCCGAAUUCAUGCACUAAAGCUACGAUUUUCAGGUACAAUAUUGAAAGCAAACAAGAUACUUAUGGGUGUACCUGAUUCUCCACCAAGGAGAAAAUCGAUGCAGCGGAUGAAGCAAAGGGAGUUGGCUCGCCGUGCCAUUUCGAACAUGAAGAAGUCAGUGCAAUUUGAGGACCCUUUACAGGAUCUCAAACAACUUGAGAUGCUGUGUGGCUGUGGCAGCGAAGAUCCUUUUCUACAGGUCCGCCUUGGAUUGCCGCUUAAGAAAUUGGGUGUAUUCCUCAGGGAAGAUGAUGAGUUGCAAGGUCAGGACGAGGAGGCCUUUUUGAAUGGAGAUUGGGAGGAAGGAGAGAUCUGGUGGGAGGAAGCCGAGAUCUGCUCUUGA